AUGGGGAGGUUAGACACGAGAAUCCAAGUAAUCUGGCCGGAGUAUCAAUUUAUAUCAUCUGCUGUCUCUUAUACUUUUCAGCUACAUUGGCAGUGCAAGGCGGCCAACUCAGGAGGUACUCCGCUGCAAGAUCUCUCUUUACCGGCGUGGACUAAUGCUGUGACACCAAAGAUUGAUGUAGAGGGCCUCACCAUCGCCGUCUCUUCAUCACGGGAUACUCCGGAGGAUCCUUCGAAGCCGAAGCCCAGAGGGAAAACCAAGGGAAAGCCAGAUACAAGAGAACUUAUCUCAGAUGCUCAUCUGCGGCUGAAGGCAGGCGUACACUAUGGGCUGAUAGGUCGGAAUGGGACUGGAAAGUCAACGCUCUUGCGAGCUAUGGCAGACAAACUCGUCCCUGGAAUUCCACAUUCGACACGGAUAGCUAUCUUGCAACAGACAGAGACCGCGUCGGAAGAGGACGUCAAGGACUUUGCCGCCGAGGAAGCAGAAAACAAACACAAGACAGUCCUUCAAUAUGUUUUGAGCAGUGAUCAUUCCCGGAAUGAAGUGGUUCAGAAGAUGAACUUGGUCGAUAUUGAACAACAGGCGCGUCAAAUUCUGAUUGGUUUAGGCUUCCACGAGACCACGUUCGAUAAACCAUUCCUAACCUUAUCCGGAGGCUGGCGUAUGCGAUGCAUGCUGGCAAGUGUCCUUAUCCAGAGCCCAGAUUUCAUGAUCCUCGAUGAACCGACAAAUUUCUUGGACUUGCUAGGAGUAGUUUGGCUUGAGAACUAUCUCCGGCAGCUGAAGGACACGUCACAGACCACUAUAAUCUUGGUUUCCCACGAUAGGGACUUCGUAAAUGCCGUCUGCGAAGAGAUCAUCAUUCUAAGGGAUCAGAAGUUCACAUACUUCAAAGGUAAUUUGUCGGCCUACGAGAAAGAUUUUGAAGAACAAAAGUUGUACUGGGGUCGUAUGAAGGAGGCACAAGAGCGCCAGAUUGCUCACAUGGAAGCAACCAUUCGUGAAACAACCAAGACAGGGAAGAAAACAAAUGAUGAUAACAAAUUGCGUAUGGCUAAGUCGCGGCAAAAGAAACUGGAUGACAGGAUGGGCGUCCAAGUGAGUGCGACAGGAGGGCGGUUCAAACUGAAUCGAGACCGAGCUGGAUGGCAUUCGAGUUCUCGAGAAGAGAUCGAGGUCCCGACAGACGAAAAGGGUACUUCAUUGAUCCUACCUGACGCCACGGAGCUGCGGUAUCCAGGCCCGCUUAUUUCUGCGGAAGGGAUUGUUUUCAAGUAUAAGCCGAAUGGAGCACCAGUAUUGGAUGGAGUGGACCUUGUCAUGCAUAUGGGGGAUCGAGUUGGCCUCAUGGGUCUCAAUGGAUGCGGAAAGUCCACAUUGAUCCGUCUCCUUGUUGGAAAUGCGUUGCCGACUAAGGGAAAGAUAUCAACACAUUCGAGACUAAAACUCGGCUACUAUGCACAGCACUCAAUAGAGGACCUGCAAGAACAGGGUCAAGCUGACCCUAACUUAACCGCAUUAGGCCUUAUGGCUAAGGAAACUGAUGGGAUAAUGAGUGAAGGUCACCUGAGGGGUUUGCUAUCAAGCUUGGGUCUCCAGGGCCGAAUCGCCUCCGAUGUACCUGUGUCUCGUCUAUCCGGCGGUCAACUUGUCCGUUUAGCAUUGGCGAAAGUCAUUUGGAAUUCUCCACAUUUGCUCGUCUUAGACGAAAUCACUACCCAUCUGGAUUUCCAUACUGUUACAGCCCUCGCAUCUGCGCUAUCUUCUUUCAACGGGGCGAUUCUCUUAGUAUCACAUGAUCGGUUCCUGGUCCGUUCGGUCAUAGAAGGCAAACGUGACGAGGAACAUCAACUGGACGAUGACUUUGAGGGUAUUGACGAAGAGAUGGACGAGUCUCAGAGCCGAAGGCGAGCUGUGUACGUCCUGAAGGGCGGAAAGCUCAAGGAACAGAACAAAGGGGUAGAGCAGUUUGAACAGAGCUUGGUGAAACGUGUGCAGAAGAUGCUUCCGGCGCAGGGGUAG